UAGUUGUAUGACAUUGUAUUCAUUUAAAAAAAGCGUAGUAAUUUUUAAAAACAACUAUACAUCACUAUCGAUUUCUAUGCUCCAAUCGAUAUCUAUACGAAUAUAUAAAUAUGAAAAAAUAUGAUGAAAUUUACUGAUUAAGUUUAAUUAAAAUAAAAGUGCGCGAUGAUACAAGAGCUCGAAAUUAAAGACAGAAGGUUAUCUGUUAACAAAAAGUCCACCAUAAUCGAUUGGAUUGAUUAUGUUGAUGCAUCGAUAACAUACGAUGAAUUUUUUUCUAAAUAUUUGAUGGAAAAUAAACCAUGUAUUUUUAAAUCAAGCAUAACAGAAAAUUGGUCGUGUAAAAGACAGUGGAAUUUGGAGAGUGCACCCGACUUUGAUGUUCUUGAUAUAUUGUUUGGAGAUUGUAUGGUACCAGUUGCAGAUUGUAACAAAAAAUAUUACAAUUCACAAUCUAAAGAUGAUAUGAAAAUGAAAGAUUAUUUAAAUUAUUGGAUGGAUUAUGCAAAAAAUAAUUAUUCAAAUUCUAUGCCACUUUUAUAUUUAAAAGAUUGGCAUUGCCCAAGAUUGUUUCCUAAUGCUCCUAUGUAUACUGUUCCUGAGUAUUUUGCAUCUGAUUGGCUAAAUGAAUAUUAUAUUGCAAAUCCUAGUUUAAAUGAUGAUUAUAGAUUUGUAUAUAUGGGACCAAAAGGAACAUGGACACCAUUGCAUUCAGAUGUAUUUGGAUCUUAUAGUUGGUCUGCUAAUAUAGUUGGAAAAAAACGUUGGUUACUCUUCCCUCCAGGUCAAGAAGAUUUUCUUAAAGAUGUACAAGGUCAAUUAAUAUAUGAUGCAACAGCUGAAGAACUUAAUGAUUACACAAAGUAUAAGGCCUAUGAUAAGCGAGCAUUAAAAUAUAUUGAUGUAAUUCAAAAAGAAGGAGAAAUUAUAUUUGUACCAUCUGGAUGGUAUCAUCAAGUUUGGAAUAUAGAGGAUACAAUCUCCCUUAAUCAUAAUUGGAUUAAUGGUUGUAAUAUUAUGGAUGUAUGGCAUGGAUUAAAAAAAGAGUUAAAUUCUGUGAUGAAAGAAAUUAAUGAUUGUAAGGAUAUGAGUAACUGGGCAGAACAGUGUCAACUAAUAUUAAAAUCGACAUAUGGAAUGGAUUAUAACUUAUUCUUUGAUUUUCUAAUGUUUAUAACUAAACAACGUUUAGACAUGGUUUUGAAUAAAGAAAACAUAAUUAGUUUUAGUAAAUAUAAACUUGGACUUAAACACUGCAUAUUUGACCUUCAUUCAAUAAAAUUAACAUUGAUAGAUUUUAUUAAUGAUAUGGAAGAAAAAUCCAUUUAUUACUUAAUUUGUGAAAAGCAACAAGCCCAUAAAUUGUUAAACAAAAUUUUAUUACUUUUGCAAUCACAUGAUUCACUUGAACAUUCAUCGACAUGA